GGCGGGCGGGCACGCCGAGGAUGUCGCUGGCAGUUGUCACCCAAGGCGGAGGCCGCAGGAGUGGCUUACUUGCGAAGGACACGGGAAAUGAGCGGUGCGGUCAGAGGGCCGUGCUGUACUGACCACGCGGACGGGCCCGUGCGUCCUUUCUGCCGGACGGCGCUUUAAGGUGGCGGUUGGGAGGGUUCUUCUGUGUGGCAGUCCAGAAUGAUGGAUCAAGCUCGAUCAGCAUUCUCUAACUUGUUUGGUGGAGAACCAUUGUCAUAUACCCGGUUCAGUCUGGCUCGGCAAGUAGAUGGUGAUAACAGUCACGUGGAGAUGAAACUUGCUGUAGAUGAAGAAGAAAGUGCUGACAAUAACACAAAGGCCAAUGUCACAAAACCCAAACGGUGUAAUGGAAGCAUCUUCUAUGGGACUAUUGCCGUGAUCAUCUUUUUCGUGAUUGGAUUUAUGAUUGGCUACUUGGGCUAUUGUAAACACGUAGAACCGAAAAUUGAGUGUCAGAGACUAGCAGGAACAGAGUCUCCAGCAGUGGAGAACCCAGAAGAGAACUUACCUGUAGUACCUCAGUUAUAUUGGGAUGACCUGAAAAAAAUGUUGUCAGAGAAACUGGACACCACGGACUUCACCAGCACCAUCAAGCUGCUGAAUGAAAAUUCCUAUGUCCCUCGUGAGGCUGGAUCUCAAAAAGAUGAAAAUCUUGCGUGGUAUAUUGAAAAUCAAUUUCGUGAAUGUAAACUAAGCAAAGUCUGGCGUGAUGAACAUUUUGUUAAGAUUCAGGUCAAAGACAGUGCUCAAAACUCAGUGACCAUAACUGGUACAAACAGUGAAUUUGUUUAUCUGGUGGAGAAUCCUGGAGGUUACGUGGCGUAUAGUCAGAACGCAACAGUCACUGGUAAACUGGUCCAUGCUAAUUUUGGUACUGAAAAAGAUUUUGAGGAUUUAGACUCUCCUGUGAAUGGAUCUAUAGUGAUUGUCAGAGCAGGGAAAAUCACCUUUGCAGAAAAGGUUGCAAAUGCUGAAAGUGCAAAUGCAAUUGGUGUCUUGAUAUACAUGGACAAGACUAAAUUUCCCAUUGUUGAUGCAGACGUUUCAUUCUUUGGACAUGCUCAUCUGGGAACAGGCGACCCCUACACACCUGGAUUCCCUUCUUUCAAUCACACUCAGUUUCCACCGUCUCGGUCCUCAGGAUUGCCUAAUAUACCUGUCCAAACGAUCUCCAGAGCUGCUGCAGAAAGGCUGUUUGAAAAUAUGGAAGGAGACUGUCCUUCUGACUGGAAAACCGACUCUUCAUGCAGGAUGGUAACCUCACAAAACAAGAGCGUGAAGCUCUCUGUGAGCAAUGUGAUGAAAGAGAUAAAAAUUCUUAACAUCUUUGGAGUUAUUAAAGGCUUUGUAGAACCAGAUCGCUAUGUUGUAGUUGGGGCCCAGAGAGACUCCUGGGGUCCUGGAGCUGCAAAGUCCAGUGUCGGAACAGCUCUGCUGUUGGAACUUGCCCAGACAUUCUCAGACAUGGUCUUAAAAGAUGGGUUUCAGCCCAGCAGAAGCAUUGUAUUUGCCAGUUGGAGUGCUGGAGACUUUGGAUCGGUUGGUGCCACUGAAUGGCUAGAGGGAUACCUUUCAUCCUUGCAUUUAAAGGCUUUCACUUUUAUUAAUCUGGAUAAAGCUGUUCUUGGUACCAGCAACUUCAGGGUUUCUGCCAGCCCAUUGUUGUAUGCGCUUAUCGAGAAAACAAUGCAAGAGGUGAAACAUCCGGUUACUGGCCUGUCUCUAUAUCAGGACAGCAACUGGGCCAGCAAAGUUGAGAAACUCACUUUUGACAAUGCUGCUUUCCCUUUCCUUGCAUAUUCUGGAAUCCCAGCAGUUUCUUUCUGCUUUUGCGAGGACACAGAUUAUCCUUAUUUGGGUACCACCAUGGACACCUAUAAGGAACUGAUUGAGAAAAUUCCUCAGUUGAACAAAGUGGCACGAGCAGCUGCAGAAGUAGCUGGUCAGUUCAUGAUUAAACUGACCCAUGAUGUUGAAUUAAACCUGGAUUAUGAGAGGUAUAACAGCCAACUACUUUCAUUUCUGAGGAAUCUGAACCAAUACAGAGCAGACAUAAGGGAAAUGGGCCUGAGUUUGCAGUGGCUGUAUUCUGCUCGUGGGGACUUUUUCCGCGCUACUUCCAGACUCACCACAGAUUUCAAGAACUCUGAGAAAACAGACAGAUUUGUCAUGAAGGAACUCAAUGAUCGUGUCAUGAAAGUGGAAUAUUACUUCCUCUCGCCCUAUGUGUCUCCCAGAGAGUCUCCUUUCCGGCAUAUCUUCUGGGGCUCUGGCUCUCACACGCUGUCAGCUUUACUAGAGCACCUGAAACUGCGUAAAACAAAUAACCGUGCUUUCAAUGAAACACUGUUCAGAAACCAGUUGGCUCUUGCUACUUGGACUAUUCAGGGAGCUGCAAAUGCCCUCUCUGGUGACAUUUGGGACAUUGACAAUGAGUUUUAAAUGUGAUACCCGUAAGUUACGUCAAAACAGCAGGGCAGUCUGAUUUCUACACUUGUGCUAAAUUUUCAGUGGGGCUACAAAACCUGAUGUUAAAAUUCCAUCCAAUCAUCUUGGUACUACUAGAUGUCUUUAGGCCGCAGCUUUUCAUACAGGGUAGAUACAGUCAAAGCGAAUAACUACAUAAAAAAUGUUCGUGAUGGAAUAUUGUAUCUCUGUAAUUUCAAGUGCUUGGUAAUGGUAACUUCCUCUUUCUUGUUAUUAAUGAAAAUGUCAGAAACCAGUGCUGUGAACUAUUGCUCUAAAUCCUAAGGGCUGGUCUCUGCUGAAGGUUGUAAGUGGUAACUUACUUAAAGCAAUCCUCUAACUUCAUUUGAUGCUAGCUAGAGAUGCCAGGUUGUAAGACCUUAUUCUCUCCAAAUGAGAUCUAAGCCUUUCCAUAAGGAAUUUAGCUGGUUUCCUCCUUCCUGAAAGAAACUAACUUUCAGAGGAGAUGGGACUUCUUUUCUUGCCAUUGAGUCUGAAAUGGAGGCCCUUCUGCUGGAGAAAAUGAAGUUGAGCUGUUGAUUGCAGGAACAAGGCCUUAAUAUGUUAACCUCAGCGUCAUUUAUGAAAAGAGGGGAGCAGAAGCCAAAGACUUAGUAUUUUCCUUUCCUCUGUCCCGUCCCCCCAAGCCUCCAUUUAGUUCCUUGUUAUUUUUGUUUCUUCCAAAGUACAUUGAGAGAGAACCAGUUUCAGGUGUUUAAUUUCAGACUCAGUUUGUCAGACUUUGAAGAAUACACUGCCACAUUUUGGCCAAAGUGUUUCUUACAGGAAAGCUUUCUGUCCUUUUGGCACUGAAAUAUUUAUUGUUUAUUUAUCAGUGACAGAGUUCACUAUAAAUAGUGUUUUUUAAUAGAAUAUAAUUAUCGGAAGCAGUGCCUUCCAUAAUUAUGACAGUUAUACUGUCGGUUUUUUUUAAAUAAAAGCAGCAUCUGCUAAUAAAACCCAACAGAUACUGGAAGUUUUGCAUUUAUGGUCAAUACUUAGGGGUUUUAGAAAACAGCCGCAAGCCAAAUGUAAUUGAAUAAAGUGGAAGCUAAGAUCUAGAGAUGAAUUAAAUUUAAUGAGGGGUUGCUGAGAAGUGAGCACCGACCAGAUGAAAAUAAUAGUUUUCCUAAAUGCAAUGACUUGUGACCAAGUUUUAAAUAAAUGUCACUUAAAGGCUGUGGUAGUACUCCAAAAUUUUAUAGCUCAGUUUAUCCAAGGUAUAACUCUAAUCCCAUGUUGCAAAAUUUCCAGUACCUUUGUCAGAAUCCUAACACAUUAUCGGGAGCAGUGUCUUCCAUAAUGUAUGAAGAACAAGGUAGCUUUUGCCUACCACAGUGUCUAUAUCGGAGGCAGUGACCUCCAUGUUACACUAAGGGUGUACGUAAUUAUCGGGAGCAGUGUUUCCCAUAAUUUUCUUCAUGCAAUGAGGUCUUCAAAGCUUGAAGAUCGUUAGUAUCUAACAUGUAUCCCCAACUCCUGUCAUUCCCUGUCUUUUGCUUUUAGUUGCAGAAUCAUUUUGUGGUCAUUCAGCAUUUGAUGGGUAAAUUCAACCACUGCAAAAUGAAAUUACUUUAAAAUUUGAAAUUUCAUGUGGGUUUUUGUUACCUUCGUGGUUUCUCCAGGUCUUCUGCUUAACGAAAUAGUAGCAUGCAUUUAUAAUGUUUGCUAUUUACAAGUAGAUUUAACUUUAUCACCUUAUCUGCAUGUUAAUCUCCUAUAAACUUAGUUCAGGCAAGUUUUAAUCCAGAAUUGACCUUUGGACUGAAAGCAGGGGGGCUUUGUAUAGGACGUUUAGGGGGAGUGAGGAGUGAAAGGUGUGUGGAGGAAGAGUCCCCGAAAGAUCUUUGAUCCUAUCUACCUACCCAUUAGUAUAUGGCGGGUAUGACUUACAUGUAGGUAUGAAUAAGUCUGGGGUUCUGUGAGUAAAGACUAUUUUCUAGUGAACCAUCACUAUAAAUGUGACAAUCAGCUGUUUGUCACGGGGUAGUCUGAGCUGCCUCCUAGGAAAACGUUCAUGCGGUCUCUGAGGUUCUAAGACUUAGUGUCACUUACCACGUUACAGGAGGUGACAGGAUUUACAGCCUCACCUGCAUCAUUUCACUGCUCGUAGUCUCUAGUCUUCGGUGUUUGACCCUGGGCCGAUCCUCGGUGUAGCCAAGUGAAGAGGCCAUGGCUGAAGCUCCUGGUUUGGGUGUUACGCACACAUCCUUUAAUGAAAGUGUGCGACAUACUCACGUUGUAACACAACAUGAAAAAGGGGCAGCCGUAAAUCUCUUCAGAAAACCCUCUUCUGUAGUUAGGGUUGAGUUGCUUCCUGUCAAGCCAGCCUGUGGUAAGAAGCUCAACAGUCCUGAGUGAAAUAUGUGUCAGACUGGUGACAGGCUGCUGGUGGUCUUCAGGCUUCUUAGAGAUCAUGUGGAUUUUGAAGGUAAAGGAUAAAAUGAGUUCUGUCGUGAUUCACUAUUCUAGAACUUGCAUGAACUUUACUGUGUUAGCUCUUUGAAUAUUCUUGAAAUUGAACACUUUCUUUGUAAACAAAUGACACGUCCUUAUAACUGUAUAUAAGCUGGUAUGCCCAACCAUGUGGAGAUUCCUUAUCUGAUUUAAUAAAACACUUGAACACUGA